AUGAUCAUAUUGGAUAGUGUGCGCUCAGCUAGCUACAGAAAGGUUCAGUGGUCAGAAACACAGUUCGCGGUGUGAUAGAAAUACAUCUAAGCCAGUCGGGCGACGGCUAAACUUAUAAACUGUUUUACAUUCGUUGUUUGUUUUGGACUUGUAAUCUUAAAUCAUUCUUGAUAAACUUUGUUUGUAACUCUAUUAGUUAAUUAGUCUAGGUCAGUGUCCACUUGAUAGUUUAUAUGGAUUUGUAAAUAAAGUGUUUAAAUCGACCACACUGUACACACAACGAAGAGCGCGGAGACGAAUAUUAACCUAUGAGUGUUGUGUAUUAUCGUUUAACUUCAUGUAACUGGAAUUCGAUAUUUAAAAAGUUAAUUAAUUGUAUGUUUUAGAUGUAAAAACAACAAAGACAGUCCGUAGGUUAAGUGCUGGAAACGGAUAUACCGAGUGGUCAGUUUAUUGAGCAGUGAUAGUGACCUGAAAUGAACCACUAUUCAACGGUCAGUGACCCGUGGGAAGAAGAUAGUCCUACCAAAUAAGUAAAGUAACGUUCAUUAGAAAAAACUGACCACUGUUUAUGAAGGAAAAAGUGAAUGAUCGGCUAUUUUAAUGAAUCUGGAGCGACUGUCCGCCAUCUUGCCUGUCUUUGUCCAGACGAUUUUGGCACAACUGAAAGUUUAAUGUCUUGUUUAGAGCCAUGUCACGCCGCAAACAGGGUCGGCCCCAACACAGACUGACCUUAGAUUCCGUUGAACAAGAAAAUGACCUCCUUGUUUGUGGAGAGUGUCGGACCAACUUCCCAUUACGCGAGAUCACAAAAUUCAUCCGCCAUAAGGUCAACAAGUGCAAUAAAGAAAAUGUCGAGAAUGACAAUGAUGCAUUUGACGGUAACUGCGAUAGUGACGAUGGUAACAAUGUAAUCAGCUCAAAACGUACACCGAUAUCUGCACCUAUCACGAGAAAGGAGUCGUUUGAUGGCGUUAACAAGUCACCACGGGUCUUGGACACUGACGUGAAAACCGAGGAAGAUGAGGACAAAGACGAUGUUAAAGACGUUAAAGACAGAUUACCAUUUAGACUCAAACAAGUAGCCGAUGCAGAAUCAAACACAACUAAUACAGAGCCUCUGAAGUUCACAUGCGAAACAUGCCGCAAGACGUUCAGUUCAGCAUGGAGUUUGCUGCAACAUGCUCAGCGGGAACAUGGAAUGCGCAUCUAUGUUCCAUCAUCAACAAGAGAUUCAUUUACACCUUCUCAUUCACCGAGAAUAUCAACACCAAACUCACAGAAAAGUAAAAAAUCUGACGACCUGGGUCGAGAUUUUGACAAAUGUAAAGAUGAUAGACAUGACAAUAUCUCAGGAAAAGAGAGAAUUUGUAGCGAUUCAACUGAGCCGCUCCGAACAACAUCUUCUGUUGGGUCCGCUAGCAGUGGAGAGGGGCCACUCUCAGGUCAUCCCUCACCUCACAAUCCUUUCAUGUUUCCCAGAAUGCCAUUUCCUGAUGUUCGGCAUCCACUUUCACCUAUCACUGGAAUGAGUUUAGGCCGAAUGCCGGGAGAUCUUCGACUUGAUUUGGUUGAUCCUUAUCACAGACUUCCAUUUGGUCUACCACAAUUUGAACAUAGACCCUCGACACCUUUUCACUUUGAUCAAAGGCCACGUUCAGGAAUGAGUCUUGAUGACUUUUACUCACAGAGAUUGCGCCAGCUUGCUUCAUCUACAUCUCCAUCCCCGGGGAGAAAGCAUACGCCCCCAUUCUCCCAAAGCUCUACUGGAUCUGGCAGUAGAGGACCAGGAAUGUUUUCAUCUGUCACACCCCCAGGUACGUCAAAUCCAUCAAGUGAUAUUGAGAAAACUAGCGACAACCCAAGAAGUCUCACUCCCCCAGGAAACCAGAAAUCGUGUGAAUUUUGUGGCAAGUCUUUCCGGUUCCAAAGUAACUUGAUUGUUCAUAGAAGAUCUCACACUGGGGAAAAACCAUUCAAAUGCCCGCUAUGUCCUCACGCAUGCACGCAGCAAAGCAAGCUCAAACGACAUAUGAAAACACACUCAAAGCAGGGAGGUAUGUCAAUGGGCUCUAUGUCCAACACAUCAGAAGGCAGUCAUGCUUCAAGUAGCAGCACACCAGACUCAAGCAAAAUGGCUGAUGAGGAUGACCCUGAUGAUGAUGAAGAAGAAGAAGAGGAAGAAGAGGAAGAUAUGGAGAUAAUCAAUCUGGAAGGCAUGACGGAGCAAAGUGAUGAACAGAAGAAAGAGGCAUUGAAAGACUUGGGUAAAUACUCUGGUAAAAGUGAGCUGGCAGCUAGGCUUUUUGAUCAAAGGAUUGAAGAAACAAUCACAAAUGAGCUUACUAAAGAUUCCGAGCAGACGGACAGACAUGGGUCACUUCUGACGGAUGUAAUGGAACGCACAGGUUUUAAAAACAUACCAAUCUACAACGAAUCAUUAAAACUAGCUAUGGCAGAAAAAUUUUCUCCUUAUGAACCUCGACCUAGAAGUUCUUCAAAUACUGAUGGUAGUCGCCCUUCAAGUGCAAAGUCGAAUGAUCUUGAUGAGAAGGAACGUGGAACAAAACGAGAGAAACCAAUGGAAGACAGUAUAAUGUCAAUCUCAAAAAUGAUAAAGCGGGAACCAUAUGAAAAAAUUGGUACCCCUCCUGCCAGUACACCUCCAGUUUCCUCUUCAUCGCGAAUCAGUAACGCCAUGGAACCAGCUUUCUUCCCAAAUUUAUGGUUCCCAGCAGGGCCUCCAGACUUCUUUGGCAGUAGGUUUCCAUUACCAAGAUUUGGCCUCGGUGAGGGAAAUCAUGAUACUAUGCCAAAUGGGAUAGGUUUAUCCACUCCAGGGGAUAUUCCACAUUCCCAUAGUAUCAACAACUCACAGAGUAACACAACCUCACCAACAACACCACUUCCAACCAAUGGCACAGCGCCAUCUGCAACACAGAGAAGAGAAAAGACUCGCAAUGACACUUGUGAGUAUUGUGGUAAAGUCUUCAAAAACUGCAGCAAUUUGACGGUUCACCGCCGCUCCCACACAGGCGAAAAACCAUACAAAUGCAUGUUAUGCAGUUAUGCAUGUGCACAAUCCAGUAAGCUCACACGUCAUAUGAAAACCCAUGGCAGGUUUGGCAAAGAUGUCUACAAAUGCAAAUUCUGUGGAAUGCCAUUUUCUGUUCCCAGUACUCUUGAGAAGCACAUGCGGAAGUGUGUUGAAAACACAAACAGAUCAUCCUUACCUGAUAACGAAGAUACUGGUUCAAAUAGUGAUGCUGCAUCUGCUUCAGAUAGUCAGUCAGCUCCUCUAACUACAAUGUCUAUGUCGCUGCCGACUACACCAAUGUCACUGUCAUCUACUCUCGGGCUUCAGAUACCGUUUUCAAUUCAAAGCAGUUUUGAGAAGCACAUGAGCCGUUUAGCAGAGAUGGAAAAUGAUAAUACUGGUUCAAAUGGAGACCCUCAUUCUGCAUCAGGCACUCCAACUUCCUUUUCGCUUGCAAGCAGUUUCGAGAAACAGAACAACUCCCUUUUAGAUGGCAACAACACAGGUUUGAACAGCGAGAAGACAUCAGUGUCAGGCACAUCAACGACCUCAAGCGCAGCAGUGCCAUUUCCGAGCACAAAUCUAUCUCUGGCUUCAAGCCUAGCACUUCAGAAUUCAAACUUAUUACACAAUUUAAAGAUGGAAAACAUGAGAAAUCGGGAGGAAUCAGGUGUACCAGGCGAGUCUUUUGCAACUUCUCCUCUUGCAAGCCUCGGACUUCAAAACUCAAAUUUGUUACAUAGUAUCAAAAGAGAAAGCAUGGAAAAAGUUCAAGUAGAAAACGCAUCAAAUAUAUAAUUUCUGUAGUUUAGAAUUCUAUAAAAGCAUAAUAAAUUGUACAGUUCUUCUUAGAAGUUAUGAAUCUGAAAUGAUUACAGUUAUUUGAAUUUCGAAGAAGAAAAAAAAUUGGCAUUUGAGUUGUUUAGGACUUUUUUCUCCCUAUAUUUUGGGGAGCAAAUUAUUUUGAAUGUUACAAUUCAUCUUAAAAAGAGAAGUUAGUCAAUGUUUUUUUUUUUAUUUUAAGUUGUUCAUAGAUUCAUUUUGCUCAAUAUGUUUUAUGAAUCAUGCCGUUUAAUAUUUGCUGUAAUUUAAGGCAGCAUCGAAAGAACUAACGUGACAGUGUUGGUUUCUGUUACAUUCAUUAGAUAUAGUGACUAGUGCUUUUUGAAUUUUGUUUUAGCUUGUAUCAGACAGGCUCAUUUUUAUAUAAGUAAAUGGAUUAUAGAAGUUGUGACGAUUUUUUGAAAUGGGCGCUGUUGCAAGAUUCAGACUUACCAGAGAUAAAAAAGGAAGGAAAAAGUGAUGAUGCUUAGUAAUAUGUACGAAAAAAGCUACCUGAACUAACCAUAAUAAGUUAUGGUCUUGUUGCCAUUUGACUAGAGAGUGCAUACAUAAUUGGAGGACUAACGUGAACAAAGGGGGUGAACUUUGUAUUUUUUUUGUUAUUUGUCAUAAUAGAACGUGUAUACCUCUGCAGUUGUUAUUUUCAUAGUGCUCAAAACAGUUACAAAGAAAUUUACUGGGAUAUCGGCCCAGUGCUUUAUGUUGUUGGCAAUCUCACGAUGGAGACACAAAGUGUGUGAUUAAGUAAGGGAUGCUAAACAUACGUGACAUUAACCAUUUUUUUGUAUAUUCUACAGAACUUUUUUUUUUUGUAUAAUUAUUAUUUAGCGUGUGAUUUGGGAAAUUGAUAUUAGCGGCUGUAAGUCUCUGUUCGUAAAAUGUUACUAUUGUGAGUAAAUCACUGUGUGUUAACAUAGAAUUAUUUCUAUGGAAACCAGGGUUGUUAACUAUGUAGCAGUAGACAAUUAGAUAUACUUUUUGAAUUUUCUUUAAUGGUAUCAUGUUAUUGUUUGUAUGUUUUUGAUUGUUAAUCGAUUUGUCUGGAAUCCCCAUUUUAUAGACCCCAUGACAUUAUGUAAAUAGCGACUAUUGUAUUGGUGCUUGUGUAUAUUAGCUUAAAACACAUUGUGUAAAAGGGCGCAUGACAUUAGAUGUACAUGUAAUCAAUUACACGAUUUUAUUCAAGACAUAUAUGUUAGGAUCUUUAAUGCUUGAGCUAUCAUCCUGAUAUGACUAAGGAAAAUUUUUGCAUCAGAAAAGUUUGAUUACGAAAGAUUAUCAUGAAAACUUACAUAAUAGAGACGCUGUGUUGGUUACAGUGUAAAGAUUAUAUCACACCAAUUUACAUUAGAGAGAGCCUAUGACUGGCCAUAAUAAGGUAUAUAUGAGCUGUGCCAUGGGAAAACCAACAUAGUGGCUUUGCGACCAGCAUGGAUCCAGACCAGCCUACGCAUCCGCGCAGUCUGGUCAGGAUCCAUGCUGUUCACUAACAGUUUCUCUAACUGCAAUAGGCUUUGAAAGCGAACAGCAUGGAUCCUGACCAGACUGCCCCGAUGCGCAGGCUGGUCUGGAUCCAUGCUGGUCGCAAAGCCACUAUGUUGGUUUUCUCAUGGCACGGCUCAUAUCAAAACUUAAAUUAAAAGCUCGUCAUGAAAACUUAAAUAAAAGAUAGGUUAUGUCAUCUGUUUAUCAUUGGUUCAUAAAACAUCUGAAGAUCUUCAUCAGGAAUAAUAAUAAUAUGCGUAAGAUUUAAUGUCUCUAAGACACGUGGGGUGUGAUGUGCACCAAAAUCAGUUCCAGAAGUUUUUCAUUGUAAGACUGUUGCAAUGGCUAUAUAUUAUUUGUUGUUUAUUUCUUUGUUCAUAUGGUAGUUUAUCACAUAGAAACUGAAGUGAAUUACGCAUAAUUUCAUGUUUUUAUCGAAGAUAUACUAACUUCAUGUUAUGAAAGUAUUUUUGUAUAGGUCAAUAAUUAUCAUACCAAGGGAUAUUUGAAGUCGGCUUAUAGGCGAUAGUUGACUCUAAACUUACAAUUACAUUUGUGGAAAUUGUUUUAUCUUUUACUUCUUCCAUAUUUUUAAAGUGUUAUUUAAAUGUCUUCUUAAAGUAACUGACUAUAGGAGUUUGUCAAAACUACAGCCUUAAAGGUUUCUUGAGAAAAAAAUUAUUCAUGUGGAGUAUAAUAAAACAUAAAAUAAUUUUAUGAAUCCGUGCCAUACUUUUACAGUGAAGAAAUACAUCUGUUUUUUUGAGAAAAGUGCUUUAAAUUUUUUUUUUUGGAGUACUACACCUAAACUACAGUGCUUUAUUGAUAAUUGUUACUAUUGUUGGGACAGUAAACAUAUAUGUCCAGGAGUAUCUUUUACAAUGACUUGUGAUUCAGGAGAUAUGUACAGGGAUGGUUCAAAAGUUUGGCUACAUUUUUUUUUUUGCACAAAUCCUUAAGUAGAAUAUUUCAAAAUUUGAAUAGAAAAACAGACACAUUUCAAGAUGGUUAAAAUUUUUGUUGAAGUAUCUCGAAAGUUAGAAGCAUUUAAUGUAAAAUAUUGCUUAAAAACUGUACAGUAAAUGUGAACAAACUUUUGGGCCAUGUCUGUACCAGAAUUUCACCAAAUUUGGUUUAUGGUAUGCAAAAAAACCAUUUAGUGUCAAGGAGUGGCACGGGCAGCAAUUUUUACACACAUACUGUAUAUUAUAUAUAGAACCAGCUGAAUUGUCAAAAAAUGCAUUUGUGAAGUGAUGAAACUGAAUUUGAUUGAUUUAUAUAUUUCGUUAGUAAUAUAUAGGUAAAUAUUUGGAAACCAACAGCAGGGAGUAUGCAAAGUUUCAAUAAGGAUUUAAAAAAUAACAUUUUUUGCAUGAAAAACCAUUUCUUUGAUUUUUUUUAUGAUUUGGUAAAGUUUUCUUUCCUGAAGUAACUCACAAAUGCAAUUGUUUUGGCAGUCAAAAGGUUCUUAACUCAUACAUUGUGAAAGCAAUACAAAAUGAGCCACAUCACAGUGAAAAGUAUCUGUUGUAUUUUUUUGGGGUCGAGUUUUCAAAUUUAUAUAAAUUAAAUUCAGUUACUUUAUAUUUUAUGACUGAAGCUUCAAGACUUGGAUUGUGGCAAGAAGUUUGAAUAGAAUUUAGAAUAAAAAAUAUUCAUUAGUCUUUUUAUACCAUUUAUCACAAGAUGCCAAUUUAAACAGAGGUACCUUUUUGUUUUUGUGUGGUUCAUAAAAAUAAAUUGUCUUUUUUUUCUAUUGCUAAAUUGUACACAGAAGUAAAUCAACAUUGCACACUAUAUAUAGAUUAUGGCUUUAUCAAAGCACAGUUUUUUUCUUGGUAUUUUUUUAUGUAUAAUGCACCCAGCUAAGAAUUGAUCUUAAAUAACCUUUUUUUGAGUUCUUUGAAAGUGGGGUUAAAGUAGCAUUUAAGAUAUUUGAUUUACGAGCAUUUAGUGAGAUAAAUUAUUGUUUUGAAAAUUUGAAAGUUCAACGGAAAGCAAGGAAUAGCUUAUCAAAUUUUUUGCCUUUUAUGCACAGAAUUCUUAGAAAAUAACAUGUCAGCGACCUAGAUUUUAAGAUGAACAAAAACAAAUUGAUGCUAGAAGGAAAAUAGGUUACUGUUUUAAGACUUCUGUUUCACAGAAGAAAUUCUUCUUUUUUGAAUGUAAAUGUUCAACAUCUGAAGUUCAAAAUUUAAAGUUCAAAACUUACAAGUUUUGAUAACAUUCUACUACCAAAUUUCAAAUGAAAGUGACAUUAUGAAUUGUUACGUAAAAAGGGGGUAAGAGUGUAAAAUAACAACAUGGUCCAAAAGACAUUCUUUUUAAAUGAAAUAAAUGUCUAAAAAAACUAAUUUACUUUGCUAAAAUUUGAGAAUUUCAUUUUUUUUAAACUGAUAUUUAAUACAGAAUCAUCAGACAUUUUAUUCUUUAAUCGUCAUUUGAACCAGAUAAAAAAUUACACUAUUAUAUUAAAUCGGUACCUAGAGUACAUUAAUUAGAAGUCACGUAGACAAUUUCUAGGUUGCGUGGUUUUGCAGAUUAAAAGUGGGUGCAGAACUUGUUAUUGUGUAUUUUCCGAGAAAGUUUCAGUUUAGGUUUUUUGCUUGCCUAAAUACAGGUUCAAUUUUAAAUUAACAAAUUUAUAGUUUGCAUGUUACAGUGGCAUGAAAUUUCUACUAAAUUGUGCAGAUUCAGCAAUAUGUAUCUGCAGCUAAAAAAAGGACAAGUUUGUAACUAAAUAAUUCUACUAAAAGGAUUUGCUUUCUUACAGUUCUAUAAUUUUGAAGAGAUUUUUUUUAUGUUUCGAUUUCUUUCAUUAUGUGUUAACAAUUAACUAUCUUCUUCAUUUCCUGUGCUGUACCAACAGUUAAAACUGGAAAAUUUAUCGUGCAAUACGUUUGAAAUAUUUUGUGUUUCGAAAUUGCGUUAAGAAUAUUUCAGUGGUAUUAUACCAUAUUUCUGAUUUUUUCCAGUGCUAUAGGCAAAAUUUUGUGCAUUGUACAAAUUAAAAUAUGAAAAAUAAGUGUGAUUUUUUUUUACUGAUUAUAUAAAUUGCCAUAUUUGAAUCUGUGCCAUAUAUGACAAAUAAAAAUACUGUUUUACGAAAAAUAUGUUCAAAACAUAGAUCAUUUAUUUUCUUUAUAAUAGAAAAAAUGCAACUUUACAAUUAAUCUGCCAUAUUUCAGAGAAUGAGUGUAUGUACUUUGUUUAAGAAUAUUUAAGAUAUACAUAUGAAGAAGUUGUUCACUCAGAUAUUCAUAGUUAUUAAUACAGAAUUUAUUUAUCCUUUCCAUUGUUGUUUUAGUCCUUAUGUAUGCAGGCAGCUUUUUUUUUCAGUUUUCAGGAGAUAAGAAAAUGGAUAUAUGAACUUAAGGUGGAAAUCUGUAGGAAAACAUAAAUAUUUUGUUUUCUCUCUUUUUUUUUUUUUUAAUUAAAGCACAAAAAUGUGAACAAAUUGUUUCUUCCAUUGCCUUCAGAAUGUAUAAUAUAAAGGAAAUGAUGUAACGUAGAGUCACAUUUGAACAUAAUAUACGUUACUGAAAUAUCAUAAUGUUGUACAGUAAAUGUACCAAUACAGCAUACCAUCAUAUUCAACAUGAUCUUUUUAUAUUAUGAAAAAAUAUUUUACCACUUGUUUUAUCGCAGUUUCAUUUUUAAAUUUCGUAGUUAUGCUGUACUAUUUCUUUGAACAAAAUAAUUGGCUGAUAUUUCGUUAUCUUGACUAAUGUCUUGUACUGAAAUAUCUAUAUUUUAUCAUAUUUUAGAGUACAUAUUUGAUUUUAAAGUAUGAAUGAAAAAUUUCUGUAUUAAUGACAUUGAAUAUGCUGUUAAAACUUCUUCCUGUGAAUUUGUGCCAUAUCGAAGUUUUAACACUUCCUUUUAGUGUCAUAUAUUAUUAAAAAAAUGCUUGUUU